UUUUUUAGAAAGUUCGAUAAGAUAGUAUGGCACUAUUGUGAUGGAAGGACAAUUCGCAGCUUUAGUGGCAUGUGAUGUUCAAGAACGGCUUCCAUUGUGGUCCACCGCUCUCCAACCCCUACCUCGCGGUGAGUCUAUGGUGACGAGCCUAUUACGCGAAGAAGAUACCGGGAUGGUCAAAAAGUGUAAAUGUUUUCAAGUAAUUCCCGUUCACGAGAGCUCCAUCAUUAAUAAAGACAAGCUGCAUUCACUCGCGAAAACCCUGGAGGACUUUCAUCAUUUGUAUCCCUAUGCGGAUGUGUGUGGUUACCUUUGCUUUGAGGAUAACGCCGGCUCCAUCACCUACUUUGAGCUUGAGGUGGUAAAAGCAUAACCGAACCCCCACCAGGUACGGAUCCAUACCGGCAUCUAAAGCUUAAAUAUAUAUUA